AUGAUUGAAUAGAGAGACUACUAAAUAAAACAAUAAUACUAAGUUAACUAAUCUUCUACUUUAAAAAUUUAAAUUCCGUUUUAAUAAAUUGAAAAUCAAGAUAAAUAUAUCAUCAGAUUAAAAUAAUAGGAGCUUAAAUACAUUAAAUUAUUAGUAAUAAUUUUAUUUAUAUAAGGGUACUAUCUCAGAAUAUCUAUAAAAGAUAAUUGGAUAAAUUUAAUAAAAAUUAGACAGGUAUUUUAAUAAUAUUUAAUCAAGAAAAUAGAAGCAGUAAUAAGAAAAAGAGAAAAGUUCUGCUGAAUUUCUAACAAGAUAAAUCUAAUAGAUAACUGAUAUCUAAUAAUUUAAAUAUAAACAAAUCAGCAGAUUAGAAAAAGAAGUAGUAGUAUUUGAUUAUUUCGUCAGCUUUCUCAUUUUGAAUACUUUUAACAAACAAAUUGAAUUUCAAAAAUUAAACGCUUAGAAGAAGGCAGCCCUGUAAAAUUAACAUUUGAACAUUAUUUACAAAUUAACAAUAGGAUGA